GACUCACGUGAAAUGAGGAUGUAUCUGCCACCUCCCACCAAUCUCCGAUUUUCCUCUAUAAGUAUUUAAAUUUUCAGCUAGUAGCAGUGCUACACAAGUGAUUUACAGUCGAUUGAGAGAGAAAGAAAGAAGAUGGGUACGGAAGUUGCGACUCCUCAACAUGCUUCGAUCGGUGAUACUCCGGUGCCGGAUCAGAGCUGCUGCAAGAAAGGACCUGGUUAUGCCACACCGCUUGACGCCAUGGCUGGUCCUAGAGAGUCUAUCAUCUACGUCACUUGCGUUUACACCGGAACAGGAAAGGAAAAACCAGAUUUCCUGGGAACAGUGGAUGUCGAUCCAACGUCGGAAACCUACUCACAAGUCAUCCACCGGCUACCGAUGCCUAAUUUAGGCGACGAAUUGCAUCAUUCCGGUUGGAACGCUUGCAGUUCUUGCUACAACGAUUCAAACACUUCCCGUCGUUUCCUUGUUCUGCCGGCGCUUGUAUCUGGUCGGAUAUACGCCAUUGACACACAAAAGAAUCCACGAGCUCCCACCUUCCAUAAAUCAGUCGAGCCUGAUGAAAUCUCAAGCAAAACUGGUCUCGCAUAUCCCCACACUGCUCAUUGUCUUGCUUCUGGCGACAUUAUGGUUUCUUGUCUUGGAGACAAAGAUGGAAAAGCAGAAGGAAACGGGUUUCUUCUUCUUGACUCAGAUUUCAAUGUCAAAGGAAGAUGGGAAAAACCGGGGCAUAGUCCAUUGUUUGGGUAUGAUUAUUGGUACCAACCUCGACAUAAUACCAUGAUCAGUACAUCAUGGGGAGCUCCUUCUGCUUUCACUAAGGGAUUCAACCUUCAAGAUGUUUCAGAUGGUUUAUAUGGUCGUCAUUUACAUGUCUAUAACUGGCCACAUGGUGAACUUAAACAAACAAUUGAUUUAGGCCCUGAUGGACUUCUGCCAUUAGAGAUAAGGUUCUUGCAUGACCCGAGUAAAGACACAGGGUUUGUUGGAUGUGCAUUAAGCAGCAACAUGGUGCGGUUUUUCAAGACUUCAGAUGGAUCAUGGAGCCAUGAGGUGGUGAUUAAGGUGAAACCAGUGAAGGUCCAAAACUGGAUUUUACCAGAAAUGCCAGGGCUAAUAACGGAUUUUUUAAUUUCUCUUGAUGAUCGAUUCCUUUACUUUGUGAAUUGGUUACAUGGAGAUAUUCGACAAUAUAACAUUGAGGAUCCCAAGAAUCCGGUUUUGGUGGGUCAAGUUUGGGUAGGUGGGUUGUUUCAGAAAGGAAGCGCGGUUGUUGCUGAAAAUGAAGAUGGUACAACUUACCAGGUUGAGAUUCCGGAGACCAAGGGACACCGAUUGAUUGGGGGCCCACAGAUGAUUCAGCUGAGUUUAGAUGGGAAGCGUUUGUAUGUUACAAACUCGUUAUUUAGCAAAUGGGACAAACAGUUUUAUCCGGAGGUGGUGGAGAAAGGAUCUCACAUGUUGCAGAUUGAUGUGGAGACUGAGAAAGGUGGACUUUGUGUAAACCCUAAUUUUUAUGUUGACUUUGGGGAUGAACCAGAUGGGGCUUGUUUGGCUCAUGAAAUGAGGUAUCCAGGUGGUGAUUGCACUUCAGAUAUAUGGAUUUGAAUUUUCAACCAUAAAUAAGAAUAAAGAUCUUAGACUUUUUACUUUAUGGAAAUGUGAGAUAUAUGUAGUAUGUACUACUAGUAUUUGAAAUAAAGUUUCCAUUUUAGUUUUGUUUA